GGAGCCUUCGGGACGGAGUGGGGAGCGAUAAGGGGGCGAGGCCGCACCAAGGGGCUGGGGGGCCGUGAUCCGAGGCUUCGGCGCCCGGCACCCAGAGCAGCCCUGUUCCCGGUCAAUUAGGACCGGUCCGGGGCACCAGGCCCGCCGACUCGUCACUUCCUGGACCUCCAAACGCCCCUUGUGACGGGUCUUGUUCCUCAGGAACAAGCAAAGGUAAAAAAACAAACCCAACGCCUCUACUGGGCAGCUUCCGGCCUGUUUCAAACCAGGGUAACGCCUUUGUGAACCACAACUUUAAAUAUCAGCCAGCUGCUCCUAUCAACAAGAGUAUCCCCUGUUAAUUUUUUGCAUUUUCCAAGAUGAGUAAAAGCAAACUAAUUCCCAAGCUCUCGAUUCAGUCUCCUGUCCGUCAUACCAACUUAAAUGUCCAGCCCACACACCCACCUUUGAAGAAAGAAGACUUACAUCGGAUUUCAAAAGACUCCUUGGAAUCUGAUUCAGAAAGCCUCACUCAAGAGACGAUGUCCCAUUCUGAGUUUGAUGAUCGAAUCCAGGACAACGAUAUGGAGCGCGACAGCUUAGACGAGGAAAGCCCUCGACGGGGAAGCCUGCAUGAGACAGGAGAGGAAGCAAGUGGAAAAGCAGCUCCGAUGGCUCGCGAGCAAAACCACCAUACCUGGGACCAGGGCGCCAAUAACAGGCAACAACCAAUAGAAGACAAAUAUUCAGACCUCCGCUAUGACCCAGACUGGAAGAGUAAGAAGGAGGAAGGUCAGCUGCUGUCUGUGGAAGCGUUGCCGGAGUCCCCGGACAGCUCUUUAGAAAAUCUGCCUUUGGCUCCCCUCUACCCUUCCCAGGAGACGUCAGUGGAACUCGCGAGGGGAAAAGGUGAGCAGAAAGAGAGUCCACAGAGUGCAGCUUCUUCACUUGGUAGUGAAUUUUUAAGCCCAAACUAUGAGCAUGGUGGCCGUCGCAGCAAGCCGUUUUCAGAGCUGAGCGACAGUGACCUGGAGGAGAAGUCGAGCAGCCUUUCUCAGUACGGGAAGAGCUCAAGUUCACAUAACGAGGUUUUCCUGCCGGGAUCACGUGGCCCUCGGCGAAGGAAGUCCAAACAACAUUUUGUGGAAAAAAACAAGCUCACUUUGGGAUUACCCACCCCUAAAAUGGACUCUUAUCUUCAACUUCACAAUAAAAAAAGAGGGGCAUCUUAUCCAGAACAGAUCUCCUACCCCAUCAGAGUAACAGACAAGACGUCUAUUCAGAAUGCCAAGGAAAUUGAAAAUGCUGCCAUCGAUCCUGAAGACAAAUGGCAUCAAAGAGCACAACAGCUAAAGAAUUACCAGGAACACUGGUCUCAAUAUGAGAGUACAAAAUCAAGCAGUGUACCAAGAGGGCAGCCUUCUGAAACGGUGAAUGACCAUCAGCCUUCCAGAAGACCAGCCAAGCCCAAGAUUCGAAAACAGCAUAAACACCAAAAUGGCCUGAAGUCUUUCACAGCGGAAGAGGUGACUGCCAGUCCGGAGAACCAGAAUAACCCUCCCAGGCAGCAACAGAACCAAAAUAAGCCUCUUGAUACUUCACCAAAGCCUGAAUCGAUUGUGAUUAUGCACGCCUCUAACAAUGAUGCACAAGCUUCAAGGGCACUUAGGGGCCAGAAUCUCAAAGAAACCUCCAAUACAUUUGCUCCACCAAAACAGGCUUUUGACAAGGUCUUAGAUAAAAACUCUACUGGAUAUGACUCUGGACUGAAUGUUAAUAAAGAAAGAGGACACAAAGACCAAGAAGAGAAAAGAUUUUCGUACCAGCAGCUACACACCCUUUCUGACAUGGAUUUGAACAACCUUAAUGAACUCUCUAAGAGACACGUGCUCCCGAGCCAGAAAGGCUCUCAGUUGGUUUAUCACAGAAAUGUUCAUGGGUCAACUGAAAAUAAGAAACAACCCAAACAGCCUUACACAGAGACAAAAUACAGGAACCUAGAAAUGUUAUGGAAAUUCCAUUCUUCUUCUGACAGCCAGCCCGUUAGAGCUUCUCCAGAUUCAUGGCUCACCCAGAUAAUGGAGCAGCAUCAGCAAGCCUUGGUGCAGCUGACCGACGUGCAGCCCAGUGAAGGGGCCUUAUCCAGCGUCACGCUUCCACCUAUACUGUCAAGGGUAGAAAGUGAAUCCCAACUCAGUUCAGAGAGAAGCCAAAGAAACCAAGUGAAAAUUAGCCGUAGCAAUUCUGAAGGCUAUCUGUUUCAACUGGAAAAGGGAAAAAAGCAUAAGAAAAGAAGCAGCAGUAAGAACAGCAAGCUGAAAGGUUAUCAGAAAAGAGACGUGAAGCUUGGAGGCCUCGGACCUGACUUUGAGUCCAUCAGAGACAAAACGCAAAAAUUAAUACACCAAAAGGAAUAUGCAAAACAAGUCAAGGAGUACAACAUGAAGACACUAUCCGUUCUAUCAAAACCACAAACAGAAAAAGCUCAAAAUAAAUCUGCUAUCCCUCGGCAGAAGGCUUUGGAAUACGCUAAGACCAUCCCCAAACCCAAACCAUCAAAUCUGACUCAUCAAGCAUCAAAGGAACAAAAAAACCCAACCUAUGCUGGGAAAGAAGAAAGUUUACCUGAAAUCUCACUGCUGGAAAUACUACAGAACAGACACGAAAGGGAAAAACAGGCUGUGGCUGCUUUCAAAGUCCUUCACAUCGUAUAGACAACAUUUGAUAGGAAGGAGACCAAAAUUGGUCCAGGAAUGGACGCGGAGAAAAGAAGUGCCACCCACCUUCUCUGCGUUGAGAGUAAUGGCUUAUUAUUAUCAUCUGUCUGCAGCCCAUGCUUGCUUUCUGCAGGAUUUAAAAUAUGAGGCCCAAUUGGAUUAUGGUGCCAUAUUUUACUUUCUAGGAAGGAAUUUUUUUAAUUAUUUAUUUUCAAAUCAGUUAGAAUUGGAGCUGAAUAAUAACUAGAGAAUAAAGCUUUUGGUUUUAUAUUGA